GGUCUCUCAGUUAGCGUGCGGGAGGUAAACAAGCCGCCAUGCCGCUGCCCGGCGCAAAUUAUCUGCCUUUUUUGGCGCUUGUAUUGUGUGUGACUUCUCUCUGCGCCUCCAGGCUCAACGUGCCCAGAGUCCUGCUGCCUUACAACCACCACACGCCCACGAACUUCACCCUCAAAGUGUACAACGGAGGGUGUUACCAGUGGGAAUGUUCACGGCAGGAGGUGGCACUGCUGGUGGGUUUGGAGGAGGAUGGGUGUGCCAACGAGGUGGUGGUGUCAGCCAUCAGCCGCUCACCCACUCGCCAGACAGCCAUCAUUCUUGCACAGGAUUCAGGCAGUGGUGAUGUGUUGCGUUGUGAUGUGCUGGUGGACACCAUUCACCACCUGGAAAUCAUCACUACCACACGAGAAUUGUAUGAGGAGGAGGCGCCCGAGGCCUUCGAGGUGCAAGCUUAUGACAGCCAGGGCAACCAGUUCUCAACUCUGGAGGGCAUGGAGAUGAUCUGGGAGCUGGAGACCCUCACAGGCCUGGAGUCAUCAGCAGGACCACAGUCAGUACUGAGGUUCAUCACCUUUGAGGAGUCGCCCUACAGGGUACCGGCAGCCAUCGCCCCACUGGAAAAGGUUGGGCGGACAGGCUACAUGGUGCUGGUGGAGGGCCGGCAGACAGGCCUGGCCAAGCUGUCUGUCCGUCUGGCCCACACAGCGUACAAGCACCUAGAGCCAGCCUCUGUGGAGCUGAUGGUGGUGGCCAACCUGCUGCUAGACCCAGCUGACUCCUUUGUGCUGCCCCACACUCAUAUCCACUACACAGUGCACCAACUCAAGCAGGGACACCUUGCUCCCAUCGAUCUCAGGGCUUCCACAUUCUAUCUCCAGGUUGCUGACACCAGCAUAGCAGAGCUGGAGGAGGAUGGCACUACUGUGCUUGCCAAGACUCUCGGCACCACACAGGUGGUGUUGGGGGGCAGCCACCUGGUCUCCUCACAACUGGUGAGGCAGCCGGCUGCCAACUUGCAUGUGGUGGAGCCCUCUCACUUAGCCAUCUCCAUCCGGCCCCACAACAACCCGGCCCUCACCCUUGGCCGCCCCUACAGCUUUAUUGUGACAGUCCAUGAUGUGGCACACAACCAGAUCUUCCUACCUGAUAAUAUAAUUAUCCAGACCACAGUUCCUGAAGAGUACUUCCAAACAGAGUUUGCCACCCGCAACGGUUCCUACAUUCAUGGUACUCCCAUUGCUACCGGCAAGACUACAGUCACAGCUGUGCUGUCUGCAGUGGAGGUCGGGGAUGAGGUGAUGGAGAUCAGCCCGCCUCUCACAGCCACACAAGACAUUGAGAUCUUUGAGCCAGUGGUGGUGGUGCCACCCAUCACUGUGCUGCCUUGGGACCCAGUCACUCGCCCCCUCUACUCUGUCAACCUUACAGCAAGGGGAGGAUCAGGCAGCAUUGGGUGGAGCAGUAGUGACACUGAGGUGGUGGUGGUGACCCAUGGUGGUGUUUGCAGGACUCGAGGUCUUGGGUCAGCCACCAUUACUGCCGCCAUGACUGCCAACCCACACAACAAGGACUCAGCCCAAAUCCACAUCAUGGAGGCAGUGGGACUAUCUCUGCUACUUGGUGAGGUGGAAGUAGAGGUGGAGGCCCAUCUUCCUCUUCAUGUGGCUGCCCACACACUGUACCAGGACAUCCCUCUGCCCUUCACAGCCUGCCACAAGCUGCCCCUUGCUGUGGAGCCUCGGGAGCCAUCCUUCUCUGCUCUCCCAGAAGUGCUGCCACCUACUGUUGAGGGUUCCUGUGCUGUAGUGGAGGUGGUGGCCAGAAAGCCAGGCUUCUCUCUUGUCAAUGUGAGUUACCACAGUAGCAGCGGCAGUGACAAUCAGAGCCAGGACCAGCAAUUUCAGCUAACAGCCUCCACCACUGUAGCUGCAUACAGACCCCUGCGACCAGUCAACCCAUCCUCAGGGGAGACAGUGCUGGCAUUGGGGUCCUCCAGGCUAGUGGUGUUUGAAGGGGGACCAUUGCCUUGGCCCCUCAAGCUGUCAUCCCACACCACCAAAGUGACGGUGGGUGAUGGUGACAAGGUGGGGGCACGGCUGGUGAAGCAGAGCAGUGGGCAGCAGCCAGGAGACCAACAUCUUGUGGAGGCCAUGUGUAGACAGCUUGGCCAGACCACCCUCGUCCUCACCGUGGCCAACACACCCUCUGCCUCCCUGCCUCAUCCUAAGAAGGUCAGUGCCACUGUCACAGUCAUCUGUGCUCUGCCAGAUUCCAUCAGCCUCAUAGCACUUGUCAGGCGACCAACAGGGACCCGCUCAUCUUGCCCUGCCAUGGCAGAGCUUGGAAGGGCUGUAACCCAUUGCCACAAGCCACUGAACAUGGAGGUGGUGGUGACAGACUCUGAACAACGACGCUUUGACAACAUCUCAUCCCUGGCACUGGAGUGGGAAGUGUCCAACAUCAGCCUGGCAGCAGUCCCCAAGCAGCAGCUGUCUGCCUUGCCUCAGAGUGUCAGCACUCAGGGACAGGGAGCCCUUAGAAGUUACCAGGUCCUGAACCCCUUUGGCGAGGCAGGUGAGCUAGUGGUGACAGUGCGCUUAGUCGGCUACACUAGCAAUGUGGGAGACAUCCUGGACAUCCCACCUGUCUCCGCCUCCCUCCCCCUUGCGCUGGUACAUGAUGUGGUUCUUGACCCACCUGCAGCCACUCUCUACCAUCACACACACAAUAAGCUGGAUCUCAGUGUUGUGGGAGGUUCAGGAUUCUUUGAGUUACAGCCUCCUGACAAUGACAUCGCCACAGUCGACUAUCACGAGGCAAAGAAGACCAUCACUGUCAGCCCACUGGGAGAUGGAGAUCUGGUGGUAGCACUGAUGGAUGUGUGUCUGGAAGCAACACACCCUGCCACUUCCCACAUUAGGAUUGCCAGCGUUGCCUCCCUGGACCUGACAGUGCUGGAGGUGGUGGAGCUUGGAGGCACCCUGGAAGCAGAGGUGGUGGCCCUGGAUGCCUCAGGAACUCCCUUGCCUGCUCACUCCUUCAUGGACUUGCAGCCUCACCCUCAGUCCACUGUUAUUUCUGCUAGGUAUCAAGGCAUCAACAAGCAGGGCAAUGCAGUGUAUGAGGUGAGGGGCCGCCAUGUGGGAGACACCAGCCUGCGAGUCAGUGCUACUGUUGCUGGGGGAACAGGUGAGGGUGGGCGGCCCAGAGUGGAGAGCCCUACCCGUCCCAUACAGGUGUUCCCUGCCCUCACCCUGCACCCACGCAAUAUCACUCUUGUGGUUGGGGCCGUGUAUCAGGUUGAGACUCGUGGAGGGCCAUACCCAAGCCCCAGUGUGGAGUACAGCAUUGACAACGGCACAGUGGCCAACUCCUCACAUGCCGGGGUGGUGACAGCACUGGCUUUGGGCACCACCACCCUCACCGCACGGGCUGUCAGUGUAAGCCAAAAGACAAGCCGCAGAGCUAUUUAUUCACAGGACAUGUUGACAAUACACGUGGUGCCGCUGCCCAAGAUUCGCAUCCACGCCCCGCUGACACGCCUCGAGACAGGCACCACCAUGCCACUGCUUGCCCUGGGCCUGGACGAGCACCAGGCAUCCCUAGCCUAUGCCUCGGCCAACCCGCCCCUGUUGCUGGAGUGGGCCACAUCCAACAAGCAGGUUGCGUCCCUCCCCAGGAUCUUCCAAAAGAGCGGUGUGGUGGAGAAUACAGAGAACCAGGGAGCUGUCAGAGUAAAGGCAGAACAUCCAGGCAGGACAACCAUAAGCCUGAAGGUGAGGGUGGGGACCAAUGCCCUGCCUCCCUACCAGCAGACUUUGAGCAAUGCAGUGCUUACAGACAAACUGGAGAUCAAGGUGUUUGAGUCCCUGAAGCUGAAGUAUCCCAGUGGGGGCUCCUCACAGCUGCUCAUGACACCAGAUUCUGAGGCACGGAUUGUCACCAACAGAGAUGGAGACGGCCAGAUGACUUACCAGGUGGAUGGGGCUUGCAGUGAGGGUGGCAAGGAAAGCCAAGUGGUGGAGGUGUGCCCAGAUGGCUUGGUGAAGGCAGGGGAGCAGACUGGCCAGGCCACUGUUGUUGUCACUGUCACUGAGACCUAUGGUGUCACCCAGAGUUUGUCCGUGCUGGUGGAGGUGAAAAAGGUGAGCUACUUGCAAGGGGAGGUGGGUGGCUUGGUAGGUGCUGUGACCAGUACCCCACUCCCUUGGUUGCCAGUUGGGGCAAGUUUCAACCUCCAUCUUUCCUACCACGAUAACAGGGGACGCAUCUUCCACGCCACCAAUGCUCAUCCAGCCUUCAGGCCCUCCAGAUUUGACCUGGUGGGAGUGAGCCGUGGAGCAACAAAUGAUAGCCUGGUAGUGAGGAUGGUGGGGCGUGGGCAGACUGUCCUUCACCUCUGGGACCACAACCUGCCCCUCCUGAAUGACUACCUCCGCAUCCAUGCUGGCCCUGCCAUUACUCCUGACAGGGCCACUGCUCCCAUGGGUGUGCACAUUUGCUUUUCCUCUCAAGUGACAGGGGAGGCUGGGACCCCCACAGGCAACUGGUCUGCACAGGGGGACAUCCUUUCCCUGGACCCAGCCUCAGGUGUAGCAGUCUCCCACCAGCCAGGCCAGGCCACUGUGUUAUUCCAAGCUAGUCCCUCCUUCACAACCACCACUGAGCUGACUGUGCUGCCCCUCACUCAGAUAACAGUCAGCAGUCCCCAGCACCCUCUCACCAAUGGGCGGGAGGGAGCACGUCAAGUGGCUGGAGUGGAGCUUGGGGCCGAGGGCAGCACCAUCCCCCCUUGCUACCCUCAGGAACCACCUCCUUCUCAGCCACCCUUCUCCUGCUCAGUGACACUCUUCCCUUCCCUCCCUGGCUCAGAUGUUGGCGAGCUGUUCUCUGCUGCUCCCAUUUAUGUCCCAAACCAAGGAUAUGGAUGUGAGGUGACUUGCUUAGCAGGACCAUCAUUGGGCCUGGCCACCCUGGAAGCUGCCCUGGUGGUGGAGGCUGUGGCUGAGGGGGAUGGAGGCUUGCGGUCUGGCCAGGUGCAGCUUCCCUUCCUGCCUGCCCCUGCCCCGGAGAGCCCCACCCUCACUCUCACCAACCAGCAGCCCACUGCAUCACUGCUGCUCAGGGGACACCCAGAUGUGCUGGCUGCCAUGGCUGGUGUGGAUGGAUGUGUGGGUGGACUGGAGUGCCAGCUUGGAGCAGUGCGUGGUCAGGAGCGCACCCUCACUGUGGCAAGCAAGGAAAGCCUAUGGGCUACUUCCUUGCCUGAUGCUCCUUUAGAAGUAAAUGUGACCUCACCUCUCACCUCUAGCAUUAUACAGGUGCGUGUUGUCCUGGAGUCAGUGGGUGAUGGUGUGUGUGCCUCUCCAGCCACCUGGGAUAUGGGCUUCCUCACACUUAUCUUAAAUGAACGCCUUCUGUUCAGCCUUGCCUGCCUCGCCCUCACUGGCACCUGCCUCUUUGUGGGUUACCAUGCACUGCUGACCCCCAGCUACAGACAGACACAGCACAAUGGGGUGUUUGCAAACUCCCCAGCACCACCACCUGCCAUGAAAUCCUUCCAGCCAGUGGUCUCUUCCUCCCCUACAGGAAACAUCACAACCCCUGUGGGCAGUGGACGCUCCUCCCCUCAGGGUUACACCCUCUGGAGCGACACAACAGAGCCAGUGUAUGGGGCACCACCCUACAGCAGGAGGGCCUACCAGGGCUCCCCCACCUACACCACUACACCACCCAGACUACAUCAGGAUUAAAUAUUGUACUAUGUACCUAUUUUUUGUAAAUGUGUUUGUGUUUACAGCUUUGUAUAUGUGUGUAAGCUUUGUUUUCUCUCACAAAGCUGUGAAAGUAGUUUUUUAUAUAUUUUCACCCUUACAGAGAUGGCCAGCAAGGCAUCACAUCAGAAGGGAAACACAUGUGAAGUGUUUGAUUAGUUGUAUUAUUUUAUUGUGUGUUGUCAUAAGUUUUAGUGAGGUAAUGAAGUGUUCCUAUUAUUUUAUGAUAAAUUCUCCAUAAUGAAAAUAUAUUUUCUGUUAUGUAGAUAAGAAUUAUCACUUCAUCUUGCUGAGGCAUUGCCAGAGAAUUGAAUUCAACUUUCAUAAAGGAGUAUUUGUAGGUCAUUUUCAACGUUACAUUCUGGUAACUUUUGUUUUUUUUAAUUUGAAUGAUCUCUAAGAUUGCAUUAAUUUACAGACACUCUUUACUGGUGUGGUAUAGUGUGUGUGUGUGUGUGUGUGUGUGUGUGUGUGUGUGUGUGUGUGUGUGUGUGUGUGUGUGUGUGUGUGUGUGUGUGUGUGUGUGUGUACCAACACACUUAUGAUGGCAAAGAUCCUCAUGAAAUGCAUCUUGGAAGCAACCAAGCCUGGGAAAAUUACAGUUCAAGAAUUUUUGCAUUCUGUGAAUGCUGUAAUGAUCCAGAGACAAUCAUUAUCAAGUCAGAAAAGACCACACUGGUUGAUGAUGAACAUCUCCUGGUUUCAGAACAAAAUGUCUUUAAAAGUUGAUGAAACCACCCAGAGUGGGUCUUUCCAGGCUGUGAGGCCUUCAGGCAUUGCUGUACUUAUUUUGCCAUCAGUGUGUGCUGCUUCUCAUUGAUGUAAUUAAGGCUUGAAAGUUUAGUGGUUUUAACUUUCAAGGAAUCUUUAUCACCACCACCAUCACCAUUAUCAUCAUAAUCAUUAUACAAAUAACCAUAUUACUAAUUGAGUCAUCCUGAAAGUCAAAACAAACAUCUGCUUGCAGUUAAGAAUACUGCCAUUCUUUAAAAUCCAGAACUAAAAUUCAUACACCUACCUUGUACUCAGCACCACAAACAUUACAGUUAAGGUUUUUAAUCCAGUUUAUAUGCUCAUUUGAUACUUUCAAAAUUUUUAGUUUAAUUCAUGUGUAAAUUAUCAGCAUCAUUUCAUUUGUCAUACAGUAAGAAUUUUCACAUAGUACAUGCAGUCAGUAUUGCCACUAUUGUUUUGGCAAGAAAAGAGUGAGAUCAUCAGGGGUUGCAUGUCUGUUGUUAUGUAUCUGAUAUUUGGAAAUUUCUUCAUUAUCUAUGUACGGUAUAACCCAGCUAUCCGGUAUCCAUGAGGGAUAGUGUGUUUUGGAUAGCUGGAUUUUCCAGUUGGAUGAGUAGUUACCCUUAUAAAUAUUCUAUUUUCAGUAAAAACCAAAGUAAAAUACUGUACACUAGUACUUGUAAGUAUGACAUACAAAUGAAAGAAAGAGAAAUAAAAACAACAAAAUAAAGGGACUGUACUUACUCAUCUGUGCUGCCACUGUUACAUAAAUUUUCAGGGUACACACUAAUGUUCCUUAUUUACUAUUGUAUAUGUCUUGUAAAACUAGUUCCUUAACACUAGUUUUAUUCAUAUGUAUCACUAGUUAGAUGAAGAUGGGGGGCUAUCAGGAUUUUCUUCUACAAGCAUAGGCCUAUCAACCAGGGUAGGCUCCGACACCGGCAUUGUAGAUGUUUGCUCUGACAACUGAUGUUUACAUUUACGUUUGGCUGGGACCUUCAGCAUGGAGGAUAAUUGAGAAACUGUAUGGAUAUCUGGCAAAAACACUCAACUAGUUAACAAACUUGUUUAUGCAAGUGGUGGAGAGUAGUCACUGCACCUCCAGUGGCAAGAGAGCAAAACAUUCUACUCACACUACUUGCCUGGUGCCAAUUUAAAAUAUUCAAGAUUUUUUUAUUGUUAUUUUAUUUAUUUAUUUUCCUUUGAAAAAAAAUUAUGGUUGCUUGAGAAUUCCAGACAGUUAAAUACCGGAUAGCUGGAGCUAUACAGUACGUCUCAAUGCCGCAUGUCCCUUGAGACUUCCCUUACAGGAUGGCCAAAAGAAUUUCCACUUCACCUCUUUCAACAUUUUCUCAAUGUUUACUCAUAGAAAGUCUCAUCAGUUAGCUCACUUUUUCCAAUACUUGUCAGCUGUGAGUGAGAUGAGAUUUGAGAGUGAAAUUAUUAUUUAAUUCUCAAAUCUCACUCAUGCACACCACAUACUUAUCCCAUUCAGUGUCAUCGCUUGUACUACUGUUCUGCCACUUUGCAAUGCAAACUUUUGCUACUCCAUUCAUGCCAAAGUUCUAUUACACAUCUGCAUUAUUUUUUAAUGUAUAAGACUGUCUAUGCUUUCCAUUCACUUUGUUAUAUAAGCUUUUUAAAUUCACUACAUCCUUUAUUACUAUGUUGUACGUAUAUUUUUUUGCAUUUUCCCCAUCCUUUGUUAAGGCAGUUUCCAUGGAAGUUCUUGGGAAAAACAAGUCAGGUACCAAAAAAAGAUUGCUGUCAAAUUAUUUCCUUCUGGAGAAAUGAUAGCAACUUCCAACAGAUCAUGUCCAGAUUUUUCUUUGUCCUAUUCUGAUUCAUUGUUGUUACCUGAAUUUUUUUCUUUGGAAUGGUUUUUGAACAUUGUUUUGCAUUGCUAACAGUUGGAUUGCUCCUGUUUUCAUGAUAAAUAUUUGCUUUAUCAAUUGUUUUUAAGGAGAUAGUAUUGAGGAAAAGGCAAAUAUAUACAUUGGAAGUGAGUGCAGCACAUUACUGGAUUUCUCACCUUGGAUUUCUCACCUUGACUGCAUCAGAAAAUUUGCCAUUUUCAUAAGAAAAGUGUAGCCGUCUAGUAUGUACCAUAUUUAUUUUAAAUUAUUAACAUUAUUAUUAUUAUUAUUAUUAUUAUUAUUAUUAUUAUUAUUAUUAUUAUUAUUAUUAUUAUUAUUAUCAUCAAUCAUUAUCAUUAUUAUUUGCAGUAAUAAUAAUGCCUUCAGCAGUCUGUUGUAAUUAUAAAGGUCUAUUGAUCUAUGUGAUGUAUAACAGCUGGCAUCCCUGCAAAGAUUUCUUUUCAUAACAAUAACUAUAAUAAUUUUUGUAUUGCAAUUCAAUCCUGAAGGUCUCAUGCAUAGGCCAGUUGUCACUGACAUUGCUACUUUACAACCAAGUGAUUGUUUUGAAGAAAAGUCCUCAAAAAAUGUGCCAAAUAUUUGUACUUGUACUUUCUCACUGACUUGUCAGGUGGGUUACUUAUAGGCCUGGUUGCAGUAUUUUGAUAUUGACAAUUAAAUGUUUGAAAUACACCAUUGCAGGAGUGGACAAAAUGUCUAAAAAUUUGACCAGCAUGAUAUGAAUUCAUAAUAUGUCAGUACACAAUGUUUUGCAAAUCUUGAUCCAUGAAUCUUAAUUCUGGAAACAUCAAAAUAUUCUAUGGUAACACUAGAAUUAAAAUAUCAGUUCAGUGAAAAGAUAGUGUUGCUGCCAUCACAUGGUUGCUCCAUGUGUGUGUAAUAUUCUAUAUUCUCUCUCUCUCUCUCUCUCUCUCUCUCUCUCUCUCUCUCUCUCUCUCUCUCUCUCUCUCUCUCUCUCUCUCUCUCUCUCUCUCUCUCUCUCUCUCUCUCUCUCUCUCUCUCUCUCUGCACCACUACUGCCACUACCAUGCAAGCCAUAGGAUAGUUACAGAGGGAGGAGAAAUAUAAAAGUGAGAGGUAGGGAUAGGACAAAUCAGGAGAGAUUGACAGAGCUUUAGGGGCAUCAGAAACAGAUCCAUCCAAUGAUGACCUUCAGAAGGGAGAGGCCAAGUGUCACCCAGCUAUGAGAUAAAGGGAGAAGAAUUGUUCUUUCAGGUUGGCAGGCAAAUGUGUUGUUUCCUCGGUUUCUCAACAGCUUCACCCACUACCUGCACCAAAUGUCCAACCUUUCCAUAUCCCACUACAAGUUGUUAUGUAUUCAGUGAUUCUGUUUACUUUUUCAUCCUGCAUUUGUAAAUCUUUACUCAAUAUUUAUACAAAAGCAAAGAACCAUACUUGUUUCACAGCUGGGUUUUUUUAUUUUAUUUUUAUUUUUUUUCCCAUCACUUAUUUGGAUCUUAUGGUUACAAAAUAUAGGUACCAGUGUGUACAUCCCUGACCUCACAAAAGUACAAGGAAAAUGCAUCAUUGUUGACCUACUGCAAUUAAUAUUUCCUUGUUCAAUCAAUGGAAGUUGGUUUUACUACCUACAUAUCUUUGUAAUAAAAAGAUUUUCUACCAACAAGAAUAUUUUAUUUAGUUUGCAAGAACCCACAUUGCCUGGUGACAGCUUUAAGCAAAACAGUGACUAGAAAGCAGGACAUUUAGUACUUGCUAUACUCAUGAUUUGCUUAUAUAAUUCAUAAAAAUAUAAAACUGUGAGAUACAUUCCAGAACACUUGCAUACUGCAGUGAUAUGAUAACCUCCUCUUGGGGCUCACUAGUACAGGUGUAGUUUGAGUGAAUCCACAUCAUAAUCAACUCUGCUGUCAUAAUGCUCCUACAAGCACUGAAAAAGCAUGUCUUCUUAAUCCAUUUUCUUAAAGUAAUUUUAAUGUACUACAUACAGUAACUCAAAUUUGAGAGCUUGAUAUAGGUACAGGUACAGCAUAUGCACCAUAAGGUUUCACAGAGGGUUAUUUUCUAGACAUUUAAAGUUGCUACCAAAAUUAUUUAAAUAUAAUCUAUUUCAGCUAUCACAUCAUCUCAGCCAACUCCUUCAAGGAAUUCUGUUUGAUUCAAGACCAACCCUAGAUUACAUGGGAAGAACAGAUGAGGAAAACUGUUAGUCUACAAUGAGUAAGAGUGAAAUAAUGCACUACUACUGCUACAUGUAAUAUGAGAGAACAAGAUAAAAUGGAGCAAGGAUUCUGUUUACAUCUUGCACAGACAAUUAGGUGGCUAGAAAUGGUUAUAAGAGAACACCAUAUAACUUCAAGAAAAUGGGGACAUGGGAGUUUCGUCAAAAAGAAUGAAAAGAAUAUUAUACACUAAGCUACUACUCGUGCUGGUGGAUUCUUUGAGAUGGGUGAGAGGGAAUAAAAUAAUAAAGUGUUGUGCUACACUUUGAAUCAGAAAGAAACUAACCAAAGUUGAUUAAUUACACAGGUAUUGCCCACACAGACUUUUGGAUCCAAAUUAGUUGGCCUGUCUCUAACUGAAGCCUAGGAUUAUCUUUGCUAACCUCAGUGAUUACCACAAAGGAGUCCCAGAUUGGAAGAUUGGAUGAGCAAAAACAAUUUGUAGGAAUCAGGUUUCCCCUUAAAGACUCAUUGACUUUGGCUUAACUGAGUUUUUCUUUCUCCUUUACUUUGAUCUUCCACUGCUGCCACCAGUUUCUAGAGUUGAAUACUACAAAGAGCAAAUUCAUAUUAUUUAUUUAUUUUUUUAUUUUCUAUUUUUUUUAUUUCAGAAAUGUUUUCUUAAUCAUACUAUUUGUUUUUAUCACUCAAGCAACCUGAAAUAUUCCUUCAUCAUUGCUAUUGCUUUUACAGAAUAAUUACUUGCAUUUUAUAUUUUAAUUUGAUGACAUCAUAUCUAUAUUUUUCUUAUUCCAUGAGAUAGCUGACAACUUUAGAGAAUAUAAACAUAAAAUAUUUGUUUCUAACAACUUUCUUACAGGGAACAAUACAGAUCAUGAUACAUAACCUCUCAGAUUUCAACUAUCAUGAUUUUACUAAUAACUUAAGUGUCUGAGAUGAGCUGCCAAUUGAAAUAUGAUAGAUUGUUCAGUGCCUGAGCUGACCAGGCAGGUUCACAGGCCUGCAAGACAAACAAUCACUGAAGCAACAUGUUCUUUGUCCCUUGACUGUUUCUCACAUUACAUAGUUUUAAGAUGUAAUAUAAUUUAUUGACAAUAAACACUGGUCCAUCUCAGUUUCUUCUGGAA